AUGGCGUAUGAUUCUGUAGAUACGAACCUGCUCUUACAAAUAUUAGCUAGGGAUGGUAUACCGGAUAAACUCCUUUCCUGGCUAUAUCAAUAUCUGAGGAGUCGGCAAGUUUUCCUAGCCACAGAAGAAGGUACAGUACAAAUGGAAGUGAGCGAGGGUUUACCACAAGGAUGCCCUCUGUCACCAAUCCUAUUCAACCUGUACACAGCGAACCUGCAUGACCUGUCGAACGAUGAAUGCGAGCUAGUGCAAUUUGCGGACGAUUUUGCUGUCAUCGCCAAGGGAAAAACAAUGGAGGAGGCUACAAAAAGACUGAACAAAUUCUUGCCGAAGCUAACGCGACGCUUAGAGAUGCUCAAUCUCAAACUAAGUGUAGCUAAAUCUGCUGUCAUACCAUUCACUAACAAAAACAUUGACCACCUCCGUGUCAACGUUCGAGGGGAGCGACUGGAAAUUGUGAAUACGCACAGAUAUCUUGGAUACACACUGGAUAGAAGUUUGAGACACCGAAAACAUAUCGAAGCGAUCCGAAAUGCAGCAGGAAAAAAGUUUACCCUACUCAAGCUACUGGGACGGAAAACAGGGAGAGCAAACCCGGAAACGUUGAUCAAGAACUCGUACGUAAGAUACGCGAUGGGUUACUUUCGUACCACCCCGGUGAAUGUGUUGUUGGCCGAUUCAGGUCAGCUACCGAUGCGCCAACGGAUUGAGGCACUAACAAAAAAAGAACUCAUCAGGAGCAUCUCCUUCAAAACCCCGAACCAGAAGUUCAUCUGCAGCACCCUAUCACGAGAGAUAUCCAAUGGAUCAUAUUUCACACAGGUCGCAGAAAAACACGUUGAUCUACUAUAUCAAGUUCAUUCAGCGGAAAAAAAUAACCAGUGGCGAAGACGAAUGCAGUAUUUCGGAAUGAUCGACAUCGGAAAAAUAGUACAUCGAAGCUUGGGAGAAGGGCAAUAUAAGAAGGGAAACGUGUCCAGUGACGUGUGGAACAAACUGUUUAAAGAAACAAUGGAGAAUGACUACAAAGGAUACAACAGGAUAUUCACGGACGCAUCCAAUAACUCUUUUGGCGAAGCUAUCGCAGUGUACGAUGAAAAGGAUGGAGAAGUACUGACGGAGAAAAUAAACGGCAACUUCACGCUCACAAACGCUGAAAUAUUGGCGAUCCAACAUGCGGUGGAAAUGUGCAAAAACAAAGGAUACAGUAAGACGGUAAUCCUGACAGACUUCAGAAGUGCCUGCGAAACCCUCACCAAGGAUAAAGCUGUAGCCGAAAACUACAUAAUAUGGGAAAUCUUCAAAGAGCUGCAGAGCAUGUCGUACGUAAGGAUUCAGUGGAUCCCUAGUCAUCAGGAGAUCUAA